AUGACCACUGAGACCCCAACUACAGUUGUUGCUAAAGGGGCAAGCGGUAAUCAGCCUGAGACCCCUCAGAUGGGUGUUUCUAAAUGGCCACACAGUAAUCAGGCUGAGACCCCACAGACAGGUGUUGCUAAAGGGGCAAGCAGUAAUCAGGCUGAGACCCCAAAGACAGGUGCUGCUAAAGGGGCAAGCGGUAAUCAGGCUGAGACCCCACAGACGGGUGUUUCUAAAGGGCCCCGCAGUAAUCAGGCUGAGACCCCUCAAACAGGUGUUGCUAAAGGGCCAAGCAGUAAUCAGGCUGAGACCCCAACUACAGUUGUUGCUAAAGGGGCAAGCGGUAAUCAGCCUGAGACCCCUCAGAUGGGUGUUUCUAAAUGGCCACACAGUAAUCAGGCUGAGACCCCACAGACGGGUGUUGCUAAAGGGACAAGCAGUAAUCAGGCUGAGACCCCAAAGACAGGUGCUGCUAAAGGGGCAAGCAGUAAUCAGGCUGAGACCCUGCAGACGGGUGUUGCUAAAGGGGCAUGCAGUAAUCAGGCUGAGACCCCAAAGACAGGUGCUGCUAAAGGGGCAAGCAGUAAUCAGGCUAAGACCCCGCAGACGGGUGUUUCUAAAGGGCCCCGCAGUAAUCAGGCUGAGACCCCACAGACGGGUGUUUCUAAAGGGCCCCGCAGUAAUCAGGCUGAGACCCCGCAGACAGGUGUUGCUAAAGGGGCAUGCAGUAAUCAGGCUGAGACCCCAAAGACAGGUGCUGCUAAAGGGGAAAGCGGUAAUCAGGCUAAGACCCCGCAGAUGGGUGUUUCUAUAGGGCCACGCAGUAAUCAGGUUGAGACCCCACAGACGGGUGUUUCUAAAGGGCCCCGCAGUAAUCAGGCUGAGACCCCAAAGACAGGUGCUGCUAAAGGGGCAAGCGGUAAUCAGGCUAAGACCCCGCAGACAGGUGUUUCUAAAGGGCCCCGCAGUAAUCAGGCUGAGACCCCACAGAGGGGUCUUUCUAAAGGGCCACACAGUAAUCAGGCUGAGACCCCAAAGACAGGUGCUGCUAAAGGGGCAAGCGGUAAUCAGGCUAAGACCCUGCAGACCGGUGUUUCUAAAGGGCCAUGCGGUAAUCAGACUGAGACCUCACAGACGGGUGUUUCUAAAGGGCCCCGCAGUAAUCAGGCUGAGACCCCUCAGACGGCUGUUGCUAAAGGGGCAAGCAGUAAUUAG